AUGUCAUCUUUAACAAUUUAUAAUGAUAUCCACUAUGAUCCCAAUUCCACCAAUCUACAACAAACUCUUGAUCUAAUUCUUCCAUCCGGCAAGGGAGAAUCUAAACCACAUCCACCCGUUAUCAUUAUUAUUCAUGGUGGGGCAUGGAUCAGCGGCGACAAAAAAGAAUUUGCAAAAUUAGGUAGCACUAUAUGUAAAUUAAGUAAUUUUGCAGUUGCCCUCGUGAACUAUCGCUUGAGCACAAAAGACGCACCUGAAAUUAAGCAUCCAGCUCACGUUGAAGACGUAGCAGCCUCAAUUGCUUGGAUCUCAAAACACGGUGAACAGUAUGGGUAUCUGGGUGAUAGGAUUUAUUUGAUGGGCCAUAGUGUUGGAGCUUUUAUUUGUGGACAACUCAUCUUCAUGCCAGAAUUUAUCGGGCGUCAUGAUCGGAAAUUAUUUCAAUCAAUCCGCAGUGUGAUUGGAAUCCAAGGGAUUUAUGAUAUCCCUUUAUUGCUUGAAGUUUGGCCGAAAUAUAUCGACUUUGUGGAAUUGGCUUUUGGUAAAGAUGAAUCUGUAUACAAAAAUUCAUCACCAACGAAUAAUUCAGUCGCUGUGAGUGUACCAUCACACCUAAUUAUUCAUUCGAUGGAAGACGAGUUGGUGGAUGUUGAUCAGAGUUAUAAUUAUUUUGAACAUGUGAAGAAAUGCGGUGGAAUCGACCUGGAGAUGAAUAAUUCUCUCAAGGGAAAUCAUGAGGGCAUCUUACAGACCGACGAACUAGCGAAUGUAGUUGUGAAAUUCAUAUUGAUCAAGGAAUCAAAAGAAUGA